AUGACGACCCGUCACUCACUCGACAAAAAGCAGAAUGGAGAUCCAUCAACACCCUUCGAUGAGAUCGAAGAAGUGCUCAAGACACCCCCUCAAGCACGCGACUACUCGGGCGCCCACGAGAAAACCGAUCCUCGCGAGAUCGCCCUCGUUCGCAAGUUGGACAAAUGGAUCAUGCCCAUCCUGUGGCUGAUGUACUGGCUCAACUACCUGGACCGUAAUGCCAUCGCCCUCGCUCGUCUCAACACCAUCGAGAAAGACCUCAACCUCACCGGUUCACAGUACCAAACCUGCGUAUCGAUCCUCUUUGCUGGUUAUGUCAUCGUCGGCAUCCCAGCCAAUAUGGUCGUCACGCGUGUGAGACCGAGUAUCUGGAUGGCAUCGUGCAUGACAGUUUGGGCAAUCAUUAGUGGUCUGACUGCCUUGAGUCGGAACUACACUGGCUUACUCCUCACGCGUUUCUUCCUGGGAAUCACUGAGGCGCCGUAUUAUCCUGGUGCGUUGUAUAUUCUUGCGAGAUUCUAUACACGAAAGGAACUUGCGACACGUAUUUCCAUUCUGUAUACUGGAAACAUUCUUGCUACCGCUUUUGCUGGCUUGAUUGCCUUGGGGAUCUUUGAGAUGGACGGAAUGCUCUUCAUAAUCCAAGGCGCCGUAACUCUCGUCAUCGCAAUAGUAGGCUUCUUCAUCCUACCCGACGAGCCUCUCACAACACACUGGCUCACCCCCGAGGAACAAGCCCUAGCGCACGAGCGAACACAGCGUGACACAGUGGGCAAUUCAGGCGAAACAACAAGUUGGUCAGGAAUUCGCGAAGCUGCCAAAGACCCCAAGGUAUGGCUAUUUGUCGUCAUGCAGCAUUGCCAUCUUGGAGCCAACGGGUUCAAGAACUUUUUCCCCACUGCUGUCAAGACACUGGGGUUCAAUCAGGAGAUAACCCUUGUUUUGACUUGUCCUCCUUAUCUUAUUGCUGGUGUGAUUUCGAUUGCCUGGUCCUGGUCGUCUGGCAGAUUUAAUGAGCGGACAUGGCACAUCACCAUCGCAAAAGCCGUUGCGGUAUUUGGCUUCACUCUUGGAUGCGCCACACUCAACACAGGCGCUCGAUAUUUUGCCAUGUGUGUCUUCUCUAUCGGUACCUACGCCGUCAACAGCAUUAUCCUAGGCUGGGUCUCUGCAACUUGUUCACAGACGAAAGAGAAGAAAGCGUGCUCCCUUGCCAUCGUCAACUGUAUCGCCGUCGCAUCAUUCAUCUGGACCCCCUAUAUGUGGCCUUCUUCAGAUGAGCCGCGAUACACCAUGGCCAUGUCUUCAAGUGCUGCGUUGAGUGUGGCGACCGCGAUUGGUGCGUGGGGAAUGAGAUUCUGGCUUGUGAGAGAGAAUAAGAAGAUUAGGCAGUCUGAGAAUGAGGGGACGCUCUAUUAUGCUUACUGA